AUGACUAGACAUUAUAACUCAAAUUCUAAAAAACAAGCAAAAAAAAAAGCAAAUUUUCAUGAGAAAGAAUCUAAUGUAGAUGUUAAUAAAGCUUCUAAUUCAAAUAUGAUGGAGAUAGAUGCAAAUGCAACAAAUGCACUUCAAACAUUUGCAACAUCAACAAAUGCAUCUAUUAUUAAUACAAAAGAACCAAUUUCACCUCAUUCUAUUGAAGACUCAUCAAACACAUUUAAUGAUAAUGGAAAUUCAGGUUCAAAUGUGGAGGACAACAAGAUGACACAAGAGUGGGUAGUUGUCAAUAAAUACACAAAUUUUCGAGCAGCAAUUUUAAUCGAUCAAAUACCAAGUAAAAAUAAUAUUAAUAAAAAAAAAUUUGUUGAAAAAUUUUUGAUCAAUUAUAAAGGGUUUGUGGGUCUCUACAUUACCAGAUUUGGCAAACAAAGGAAAUUUGUUGCUAACUUCGAUAAUGAAGAGGAUCUUAAUAACCUUGUUGUCACAGACUUACCUGAUUAUGAAGGUAUCCGUUUCUCUAAAGAACUUGCACCAGUUGGAAACAUUAAUAAAGAAAAUUCAAUAAGAGUUAAGAAUAUUCCACUUAAUACAAGUUCAACUUUAGUACAUGCUACUUUUGAAAAAUAUGGAAAAAUUAUUAAAUUCUCUAUGCAAACCAAAGACUUAUGGCAAGAAGCCAUAAUUUAUUUUGAAAAAAAGGAAGAUAUUUUACCAUUUCAUAAUGAAACAUGGGCAGUCUUUAUUCUAAAAGAUAUGGUUAGAGUAGAACCAUUAAGCAUGAAUGAAAAACAAUAUGAAAAAAGACAUUUACAUGCCCUCAAACUUGGUCACCUCCCUUUUGGAACUACAGCAAGAGAUCUUGUUGAAAUAAUCAAUGCAACAAAAGCAAAGGCAAUUUUCAUACCUAAAACACGCAAAUCAUAUGUCAACUGCAGAUAUGGAUGGUUUUUCUUUGAUUCUGAUGAAGCAGCACAUGAUGCACAAAUUAAUUGGUAUACUCUCAAUAAUACUGAAUUAUUUUGGGCAUCAGAAGAUACUGCACUCUGUAGAAAAUGUGGACAUCCUGAUCACACUAUUACAGGUUGUCAGGAAAUUCAACGGGCAAAACAAAAAAAAAUCAAUAUAUCCAAAUUGCAACCUUUGUACAACAAAUAUAAACCUGCUCAACAUCGUAAACCACAAACACACCCACCUGCAAAUAAAUCAAAAGGAUUAUCAUUUGCAGAUGUUGUAAAAAACAGUAUUAGGACAUCUCUUGAUGAUUCCAUUCAUGCUGAAAAAAUAGGUAACAAAACAGAAGAUGUUUUAAAAAAACUUAUGGAAAAAGUUGAAGAUAUAUCAACCAAACUGAAUCAUCUUACUCAGAAUAUUCAGGAAAUCAAUAUCAGAAUUAAAGUACUUGAGGAUAAAGACAGUACUAAACCUAAACAAGGAAAUACAGAUCCUUAUAUAACUGUAUGCACUCCCAUCUUGAAAAAACCCACAUACAAACCUGGAAUUUCUAAUUCUCACAAGAGAUCUAGAGAAUCAUUUACAUCUUCAUCUGAAGAAAGCCAAGCUUCAACAACCAAAAUUAACAAAAACACUGAUGAAAGUCAAUUAAUUGUUAAACAACAGGAAGAACUAAAUAAAAAUGCAAAAAAUCUUUCUCAAGACAUGGCUGACAUCAAAAAUAUGAUUGGCAAUAUUUCAUCCAAAUUCAUUAAUAAAUCUAAUAAUGAUGAGGAUGAUGUAAGUUUUUAA